AGCCGGCCUCAUCAUGCGUUCUGGUGGCUUCCUCCUCCUUGUGGGUCUCCUUGCUUUCUGGGCUGAGCUGAGGCUCAUCUCUGCUGUUCCUCCUCCAGCUCCUUGCCACCUCCCUGCGGAUGUUGGACCUUGUAAAGCAUUCAAAGUCCGUUAUUUCUACAACCCAGCUUCCAACAGAUGUGAGACGUUCAUUUAUGGUGGCUGCAAGGGGAACAAAAACAAUUUUGAGACUCUAGAGCAAUGUCAGAAAACCUGUGUAGUUGGAAAACCUGGACUCUGCCCCAAGCCUCCGAAAGACAUCAUAACAACAUGCGAUGUAAAAUGCAAGAGUGAUAAGGCGUGCCCAAAGGAUCAGAAGUGCUGCCCUUAUGGAUGCACAAUCCAGUGCUCCAAUCCCAUCUAA